AUGCAUGCACAGCUACAGCAAGAAGUCCCAGCAGUUCAAGACGUCUUGCGCCAGCAUGUCGACCUCUUCGCCACUGAUGACAAUGAUCUGGGCCUUCACGAAGAGACUGAACAUUCUUUUGACCUUGUGCCUGACGCAUUACCAUAUGCCCGUGAACCUUACAGAUACAGCAACGAGGGACGCGGCUUCAUUGAGCGCCAGUGUCAAGAGCUUCUUGCGAAUGAGAGUGAGCUCAACGGAGCCACAAACCUAAUGGCAUCAUAUGGAUUGGAGCACUCCUACAACAAAUUCAGCGGUCAUGAGGUCAAGGACCAGCUCAGUGCUUGCUUGCCCAAUAUGCCAGGCAACAUCGAUGCUCCCGGCGGUCAAGACAACAGUUCACUACGCUCUCUCAUCAAAAAGCCACCCGUCUGUGGAAAGGAACUCCUGGCCCUUACCGUCGCCCAACUGUUUGGCUUCAGGCUUCAUCCCGGACCGCUGCCUGAACAGUAUUGCAUGAUGAGUCAUCAGCCACAGCGAAACAAGCACAAGCAUAAAAAGCACAAACACAAAUGGGUGACACUCCCAAUCAUGAAACUGGAAUAUGCCUCGGAUGCCUCCCACGAGAAUAAACACAAGCAGAAGCGGAACGACGAAGAGAAAGAACGAAAGAAAAAAGAAGAAAGAAAAAAGGAGAAAGAGACGCACAGUCCCGAAGCCAGCUGA